GCACCUUAAAAGGAGGCACGAAGAAAAGCCACGGAAAAUAAGAAAAGACAAAAUCACUAGCGAUCGCACAGAAAAAUAAUACAGCGCGAGUCCGAUUCAAUGGAGGCGGAACCGGCCGGCGGCGAUGAAGUCUCUCCGGCCACGGCGAUAUCCAGAUGGAGUUUCAGAGUGUCGCAGCGGUACCAGCACAUGCUGGACAAGUCGACCCCACACAUGCUCCAGCGCUGGAUCGCGUUCCUCGUCGUGGCCGCCAUCUACGUGGUCCGCGUAUACCUCGUCCAAGGCUUCUACAUCAUCUCGUACGGCCUCGGAAUCUACGUCCUCAACCUCCUCAUCGGCUUUCUCUCUCCCCAGGUGGACCCCGAGAUCCACAACCUCUCCGAGGGCCCCACUCUCCCCACACGUGGCUCCGAUGAGUUUCGUCCCUUCGUUCGUCGCCUCCCGGAGUUCAAGUUCUGGUACUCCAUUACAAAGGCAUUUUGCAUUGCUUUUGUGAUGACAUUCUUCAGGGAAUUUGAUGUCCCUGUGUUCUGGCCAAUACUGCUUGUCUAUUGGUUGACACUCUUCAUUCUCACCAUGAGGCGACAGAUAACUCACAUGAUCAAAUACAGAUAUGUUCCAUUCUCAUUUGGAAAGCAGCGGUAUGAUGGAAAGAGAGCAUCACCAACUGACAGCACAAGCAUUUCUACGGAUUGAGUUCUUCAGCCGGAGCUUCCUGAUGAUAUGUUGGUAGAGGAAAUCGUCUUUACGACUAGUUUCAGAGCCAUGGAGGAUUGUUCAUUUUCCCUUUAUCUUGUCUGGGCAAGCCUCCAUAUGUCCUCCAGGAAAUUUAUCUUUGGGAAGACGAAGUAGUUCCUGAUACCUUUUUUCAUUUUUACCCCUAGUAUAAAAAAUCCUUUUGUAUAGAAGGGACAUCUACAUUCCCGUCGCUGAGAUUUUUAAUCUGCUAGAAUGUAUUCGCAGAGCCUUUGCUGUGGGGGGAAUGAGCCUUUGCAAUUGGGUUAACUUAAAUUUAGCUUUAAAGUGUACCUCUUUUUCUCAUUUACUUGACAAUGUUCUUUGCUAUAUGCUGAGCAUGUUUAGCAGUAUAAUUUAUACAUUGUCAUCCAUCUGAUCUUGUUCGUUGUUCCUCUGUGAGGAUUACAUUGGAGGGCAUCUUCCCUGCGUUAUACAAUUACGCUGUAUUUGUAGUCAA